AUGAUGGAAGAGAAAAAUGACAAAUUAGAAGGUUUAAAACAAAACCAAAAAUUAUUAGUUAGGGCCAUUUGUCAAGUUCCAAAAUUGUUUGCCUCUAUUUAGUUGAAGUUGUGCGUAACUAGACUUUUGAUAAGCAUGUCUAUGUAAAUGCAACGAUCAAGCAUCAAUCGUAUAAUUAGCGAAGUGAAAUGCAUUUUUUUUUAGUUUUAUUUGAAUUCAUAACUUGGACGGUUGAUCCCCCACCCAAUGUCUGAGAGCCGUAGCUCUUCUAUCUUUUAAAGGUAUCUUCUGAGUUUUGGCGAAAUCCAGGUUAUGUUUUGAUUUACGUCAAAACUCGAGCGCGGUCAACCAACAAACUCAAACAUCAAAUUUAUGGAGAGGAGAUAAACCGUCUUGCUUGUCGGUAUUUGAAACGGAUUGAAAGUGAACAGUUCUGGUCGGCUCAAUCCCAACAAAUGGAAAGUGAAAUCAAACUCGUUGUAAAGUGGAACGCCAAAGAAUACGAGGUGGACGUCGUCACUGAUGUCGACAACGUUGGCACGCUCAAGGAUGUCAUAUUCAAGAAAACUGGAGUCAGGCCGGAAAGACAGAAACUGCUCAAUUUGAAGUUUAAAGCUCUAAAGCUUAAAUCUGGUUUUAAAAUAAUGAUGAUGGGCUCACUAGAAGAGGCAAUCGCAGGUGCAAAUAUGAUACCUGACGAUCUUCCAGAAAUCAUAGAUGAUUUUGAUAUUGAAGAUGGCGAAGAAGUUCCUAUAGAAAAUAAAGAGGUCUAUUUGGCCAAAAUUGAAAGAAGAGUUCGUGAAUAUAAUAUAAAACUUCUGAAUCCUAUUCGCCCAGGAAAGAAAUUAUUAGUUUUAGACAUAGAUUACACCCUGUUUGAUCACAAAUCUGUGGCAGAAUCUGGUUAUGAAUUGAUGCGGCCAUAUUUACAUGAGUUUUUAAUAUCUGCAUAUAAAGACUAUGAUAUUGUUAUAUGGUCAGCAACAAGUAUGAGGUGGAUAGAGGAAAAAAUGAAACUACUUGGUGUUUCAACUCAUCAAGAAUAUAAGAUUGCUUUUUAUUUGGACUGCCUUGCUAUGAUAUCAGUGCACACUCCUAAAUAUGGUGUUAUUCAGGUUAAACCACUUGGGGUAAUAUGGGGGAAGUUUCCAGAGUAUAAACCUGAAAAUACAAUUAUGUUUGACGAUAUCAGGAGGAAUUUUCUUAUGAACCCUCAAAACGGCCUAAGGAUAAAGGCCUUUAAGCAAGCUCAUACACACCGAGCAACAGACAGGGAAUUAAUUAGAUUGGCUAGGUAUUUAGAGGCAAUUGCACCAAUCAAUGACUUUUCAUCUCUUAAUCACAAGCACUGGGAAAAAUUUUUGAACCAUAAGAGGAAAGAAAAAAAACGCCAGAAAAAGGAGAUUGGUGAAGGCUCCUCUAAAAGCAGCGAUGAUCCACCAGAACCACAGCCACAGAUUUAGCUAUUCUGCAAUUAAUUCAUAUUGUUUUCAUUUGGAUGUAAGAAUCUAUGUAAAUAAUAUAUCAAUAUAUUUUAUUUUUGUAAAUAAAUAAUAAACUUUUUAUAAAAAGUAAAAUUGUAAGGUUCGUACUUUUGGAAAGUGGUCAAAUGUCAAUUUCAUAAGUUAUUUAUAUAUUAUA